AUGGCUCCCACUGACCCCCAGACUGCCCGGGCCAAGGGCCUCGUAGGGAAGCCGUUAUUGUACUUUACAAGUGUGUUCGUAUCGCUAGGUGUAUUUCUUUUCGGAUACGAUCAAGGCGUUAUGUCUGGCAUUAUCACUGGUCCCUUUUUCAGAGAUGCAUUCAAUCAACCUGGCCCGGCCGAAGUUGGUACCAUGGUGGCCAUCCUCGAGAUUGGUGCCCUUAUUUCAUCACUAUGCGUCGGACGCAUUGGCGACAUCAUUGGACGUCGUAGGACUAUUCUUUAUGGAUCGAUGGUUUUCUUCGUCGGCGGAAUGCUCCAAACUCUCGCAAACGGUAUGCCCAUGAUGAUGGUAGGGCGGUUGAUCGCGGGUUUCGGAGUCGGUGCUCUCUCUACUAUUGUACCUGUCUAUCAAUCUGAGAUCAGUCCUCCUCACAACAGAGGCAAGCUGGCCUGUAUAGAAUUUACGGGUAACAUUACGGGUUACGCUGCAAGUGUUUGGGUCGACUACUUCUGCAGCUUUAUCCAGAGCGACCUCUCAUGGAGAGUGCCCUUGUUGAUGCAAUGCGUCAUGGGUGCACUGCUCGGAUUUGGCAGCUUGAUCAUUUGCGAAUCCCCUCGAUGGCUCUUGGAUAACGACCAUGACGAAGAGGGGAUCAUUGUCAUAGCCAAUCUCUAUGGCAAAGGCGACAUUCAUAAUGCGAAGGCUCGACAAGAAUAUCGCGAGAUCAAGAUGAACGUCCUGUUGCAACGUCAAGAAGGAGAACGAUCAUACUCGGAUAUGUUUAAACGAUACUACAAGCGCGUCUUUAUUGCCAUGUCGGCCCAGGCAUUUGCACAGCUGAACGGUAUUAACGUCAUUUCGUACUACGCACCACUUGUUUUCGAAUCGGCAGGCUGGGUUGGACGAGACGCGAUUCUCAUGACUGGCAUUAAUGCAUUCACUUACUUGGGAUCGACAAUCCCGCCGUGGUAUCUGGUGGACAAAUGGGGACGGCGGCCUAUUCUCCUGUCUGGAGCAGUGGCGAUGAUCAUCUCCCUGUCGCUCAUCUCCUACUUCAUCUUCAUCGACGUGCGGUGGACCCCGACCCUGGUGGUGGUUUUUGUCAUGAUUUACAAUGCAGCAUUCGGAGCCAGUUGGGGGCCUAUACCAUGGCUGUAUCCGCCAGAGAUUCUACCGCUCAGCAUUCGGGCGAAAGGUGCCAGCUUGAGUACGGCCAGCAACUGGGCGUUCAACUUUUUGGUGGGCGAACUCACGCCGAUCCUCCAGAAAUCGAUCAAGUGGAGGCUGUAUCUUGUACACGCCUUCUUCUGCGCACUCAGUUUCGUUCUCGUUUACUUUGUAUAUCCUGAAACGGCCAAUGUUCGCCUUGAAGACAUGAACGCGCUCUUUGGGGAUGCCACAACAGCGAUGCCAACUCCCUCCACCCAAGCGGAACGGGGAUCGCUCAUGGGUGUAGGAUCGCCAUCUUCUAUCGACAUCAGACAAGGAGCCCCUCAACCAGGAAUCUAUUCCUCGGACGCUGCGAUCCCUGGCCUUGACAUAGAUCCUCCCGAGGUACAACUCGACGCAAACGGAAAGCCACGAGGUAGAAACCAAAGCAAUCAGGAAGGUCUAGGGGGUUGGAUUGGUCGAAUGGUGUCCAGGUCACGACAAGAUAACAGUUCUCGCGGCCAAUACGGGAAGAUUGGCCAGGACGAGGACUAA